GUUAGUAUGACUGUUUUUAUUAGUGUGUUAACCAUUCUGCCCCCUCUCUCUACCCAGUGUUGCGGACCUUGGAGGAAAUGGAAGAGACCAGUCUUCCUAGAGCGGGCCAGUAGAGAUUCUGUUAACCCUGUGUCUGUCUGUCUGUCUGUCUGUAGGUACUAUCCGGCGCUGCGGACCCUAGAGCAGCUGGAAGUGACCUGUCUCCCCAGAGCGGGCCAGUACAGGUUCUGCUCCAUCAUGUCUGACAAUAUCCCCAGACUGAGGACCCUGAUCAGAGACACAGCCAUGUCUCAACUCAAAGACUUUCUGGAGUCUAUACGGAAACACAGCGAGAAGAUAGGAGAGACCGCUAUGAAACAGGUCCAGGUCCAGCGCUCACUGGACAGCGCUGUGUCACUCCAACAGAGAGCUGCAGUUGGUCGACGGCUGAGGAAGGAGGCGGGACUAGUGGCAGGGACGGAUGUUGACGGACAGGGCAGCAGCCCAAUGUCUGAACAGGACUCUGGAGUACUGGAUGUGGAGGAUGAAGAUGAGGUACCAGGCGCCCAGGAGUUGGUAGACUUUUCUCCAGUGUACCGAUGCCUCCACAUCUAUACCGUUCUGGGUUCCCGGGAGCAGUUUGAGAACUACUACAGGAAUCAGAGAAGGAAACAGGCUCGCCUCGUUCUGCAACCCCACUCUAACAUGCAUGAAACCUUGGAGGGAUACAGGAGGUACUUCAAUCAAAUAGUAGGGUUCUUCGUGAUAGAGGACCAUAUUCUCCACACUACCCAGGGCUUGGUGAACAGGGCCUACGUAGAAGAGCUGUGGGAGCUAGCACUGUCCAAGACCAUCGCUGCCCUGCGCACACACUCAUCAUACUGCACUGACCCAGACCUGGUGUUGGAUCUGAAGAAUCUCAUUGUGUUGUUAGCAGACACACUGCAGGGCUACGGCUUCCCAGUGUCUCAGCUGUUUGAUAUGAUGUUGGAGAUGAGAGAGCAGUAUGGAGAGAUAUUACUGAAGAAAUGGAACCUCGCAUUCAGGCAGGUGUUGGAUCAGGAUAACUUUAGUCCCAUCCCUGUGGCAACAGAGGAGGAAAACAGACAGUUCACCUCCCAGUUCCCCUUCCAAGACCCUGAACUGGACAAGCUUCCAUUCCCUAAAAAGCUUCCGUUCUCUGAGUUUGUUCCUAAAGUCUACUCUCAGCUCAAAGAGUUCAUCUACGCCUGCCUCAAGUACUAUGAAGACCUGCACCUCAGCUCUACAGAGAUUGAUGAUAUGAUCCGUAAGUCGACCAACCUGCUGUUAACCAGAACACUCAGUAACUGUCUACAGUACGCCAUGAAGAAGAAGAACGUAGGACUGGCUGAGCUGGUUCAGGUGAUCAUCAACACGACCCAGCUGGAAGCAUCAUGUGUUUACCUGGAGGAGUUCAUCUCCAACAUCACUAAUGUUCCCCCCGAGACCGCCAACGCUACCAAGCUCUACGGGACGUCCACGUUUAAGGAUGCGAGACACGCAGCAGAAGAGGAGAUCUACACCAAUCUGAACGCUAAGAUCGACCAGUUCAUUCAGCUGGCGGACUAUGAUUGGACAGCAGCCCAGGGGGGCGGGGCUCCGAGCGACUACCUGAGUGACCUCAUCGCCUUCCUCUGUUCCACCUUCUCUGUCUUCACACACCUGCCGGGUAGUGCCAUAGAACACGCCAGACUGCCGGGUAAAGUAGCUCAGACAGCCUGUAUGUCAGCCUGUAAGCACCUCUCCACCUCUCUGGUCCAGCUGCUACUGGAGACAGACGUCAGACAGGUGUCUAUGGGGGCUCUGCAGCAGUUCAACACAGAUGUCAAGGAGUGCGAGAGGUUUGCCAGAGCGGGGCCGGUACCCGGCUUCCAAGGAGACACACUGCUGCUCGCCUUCUCUGACUUGAGACAAUUGUUAGAUCUGUUUACCCAGUGGGACUGGUCUACGUAUCUAGCUGACUAUGGAAGACCAACCUGCAAAUACCUGAGAGUCAACCCACGCACCGCACUAGCCCUGCUGGAAAAGAUGAAAGACACUAGUCGUAAGAACAACAUGUUUGCUCAGUUCAGGAAGAACGAGAGAGACAAACAGAAACUCAUCGACACUGUGGUCAAACAGCUACGCAACCUCAUCUCCGCCCACCAGACCUGAAUGGAGCAACGCUAUUGGUCAAGGAACAUCACCAGACCUGAAUGGAGUGUUCCUAUUAGCCAAGGAACCUCCACCUUGCAAUCCAAUUGGUUACUGCAACCUCAUCUCCGCCCACCAGACCUGAAUGAAAAUAUAUAAUUGGUCAAGGAACCUGAACCCAGCCAUCCUAUUGGUCAAGUAAUAUCAAUCUCCACCCACCAGGACUAAAACAAGCCAUCCUAUUGGUUACUGCAACCUCAAUCUCUGCCCACCAGACCUGAAUGGAGCAAACUCAUUAGCCAAGGAAUCUUAUUUCCGCCCACCAGACCUGAACCCAACCAUCCCAGUGGUUGAGGAAACAUGAUGCACAGCCACUCUAACCUCUGACUCUACAAUGUCUUCCAGUAUUUGUUUUUAUGGGUGGAUUUCAUUUUGGGGUGUUGUAGUAUUUGGGGUUUAUUUGACAUGAAAAUGAUAUUUUGUCUCUUAAGUGUCUUCGAACACCAUUUUGGGUCGUACUGUGUCAAAAAGAUACAAGUCAAGAAAUACUAUUUGACGCGUCAGACAACGUGAUCUUGCUCUAAUCCAGUUAGAGUUAACAGUUUCAUCUGUUGAUGCUGUAUACGUCUGAACUGCUUCUAAUACACAACACUGUAAUGUAAUGUAACACUGUAAUGUAACCACAAGGUUACCACAAGGUCACAUCUUAGUUACAUAUAAGAACUAUGUGUUGUUUUGAGAUACUUUUAACAGUCCCUAUGCAGCCAAGGAGAAGGGGAGGAAUCCUGACCUUAAAAAGAAGGCUGGGGGGAGGAGAGAGAA